GUGCAGUACUUUUUGAAGAAGGAUAGUUCAUUAUAUGUACCGUCGCGGUUCGCGUGGUUACCGGACAAGCACAAGCUGCUGAAACCAGGUCGAUAACGAGAAGUGGAGAAAUUGUGUCUUGUCAAACAAAAUCGAGAUUCGAAAGCGAUCGAUCCAUCGAUCAAUCAAUAAGACGGGAAACAGUAUGGAAGAGGCUGCCUCAUCAUCAAAAGUAGGCAACGCCAAGAAACGGCCAAGAGAGGAAGAAGAGACAGUUUCCGGAACCGAAGAAUGCUCUCAUCAAACUCUCUCGCUUGAGGAGAAUUUGAUUUUUAGCGAUACUUUGGUCGCUCUUCGCAUAAUGCGUGCUCAAUUUCCUCGUAUCGACAAGGUCUCAAUUCAGCCUUUUAUUCUGCGUUCUCAAUUAUAUAGCAGCAUAAAGGACAGAACACAGGUGGAUAGGGAACUAGAGACAUUCAGGAGGGAGAAAGUUCUGCGAAUAUUCAAACUGAACACUGGACAAGAUGAUCAUGCCAUAAUGUUUAUGGAUGACUAUUUGAAUCAGGCUGAGAAUAUUAUCAAACGAGUGGAAGCAAAGAAGCAAGAUGUUCUUGCAGUUUUUGAGUGGUUCAAAGUGCAUGUCAUUCCAUUCAAGCUGGAUCCUAGCAUUGGACAUGAAGAACUUUGUUCACUUCUGUCAUCAGGGGGAAACGUGAAAGAUCAAGACAUCUCUCUCUUAAUCAAUGCUGGCCUCCUUACCAGACAACUUAUUGAUCCAAACAUGUACUGGUUUGCGAUUCCAAACAUUGGUUCAGUACUCAAGGGCCUCUCUCAGGGACGCAAGGAACUGCUCUCUUUCCUGAACCGUAGGAAAUACAAAGAGAUGAUGUUGUCUGCAUUGGAGAAGAAGCGCCUCCGACUUUCUCCAUUAGAUAUGAGAUUCCAUCUCCGUGAUCUGAUUGGUUCAGGUCACCUCAAAACUUUCCAGACUCCCAGUGGCUUAGUUGUUCGUGUUGUAAAAGAUUAAACCCAGGUAGCACUCCACCUCAUCUUAGUUAGGCUCAUAUUUGCAUGGUAUUUUAACUAUCCAACAUUUUGUGCCAUUCAGCAAAGUUAAUCUCAUAGUUGUCCAAUAAAAAUUCCCUUUCUAACUUUAAUGGGACUUUGCAAUCACAAAAAAUGCUGGAAUACUUCUUCGCACAAAAAUUUCAAACUUCCAUAAAAAUGUAUGCGAUCAUGAUAUCACAUAAGUUGUUUUGAUAAAUUACAAAUUAUGCAAACAGUAAAGCACAAAAAUUGCUUAGAAAAUACUCGAGCAGAUAAGAUGCUUUCAUAAUUCAUAAAUGACAACGCAAAUAAUCAAGCAGAUAUGAUUUUCAUAAAUAAUAAUGUCAAUUAUUACCAUUAGAGUUUUAAGUAAGGAACAUGAUACAGAAGAAACUCUCAGGCUUCCAUUCAUAUGUGAUGAUGACAUCACCCCCGCCACCAAAAUGAGCGAUGUGGGUAAACAGUGUUCAGGUUCAGGCACUUGACCCCAGCUUCCUUCUUCCCAUCCAGUAGGAUAGAUUGUAAAGAUCCUAACUUGCGGUCAUUAUUUUCUAUUUCUGUAUAGUGUGCUGUUUUUGUAUAAUGGGAAAUUGCUGUAAAGGAUUACCAUACUGGAACCUGCAAAUAAAGAGGGAAGAAUUGGCAUUUGAUUCACGAGGACUAUGUCUUUGCGGAUGACUCCGGCUAUCAUCCAAUUCAUCACUACCUUGCAUAGGGUGCAGUGGUGAGAGCUGGAGUUCCUCCCUGGAAGAAAGACAGCCACUUGGCUUUUUUCUGCGAGAUGCAAUAAAGCUGGACAAGUGGUUGCAGUGCAGAGCAGAUGGGAGAAGAGCAGAAAGAAAAGAAUAGUAGAAGAAGAGUGAGCCUAAUCUGAUUAUGUAUUUCUUCUGUUAAUUAUUCGGUCUAAAUCUAAUUUUGCUAAGCAUCCUUGACCUCGAGCUUUAUUACCAGGGCGGAAUACAAGGAACCGGCUGCCCCUUGUUUUCCUA